AUAAAUCAUUAGAAAAGUAAAACAAAUUGGUCAAAAAUUCUCCAAAUUUAUUAUCGAAGGAUUGAUCUGAGAGCAGUAGCGAUUACGCAUGCGUCGUCGGCUCUCAGGCUCUGGAGCGCCCUCCAACGACCAAAAUCUUCCUUCCUGAUGACGACGAAGUCAUGAUGUAACCCUAUAUUCUCCAUUCUUUAUUGUGAAUUGCCAUAGCCAUCUUCUUAGCUUCCACAUCAUCAGCCUCACCGCCAUGUCGGUGUCUCUCGGCGGCUCUUCCAGGGCCGGUCGGGUAUUGGGUCCGUCUCUGGACAAGAUUAUUAAGAAUGUUGCUUGGAGAAAACACUCUCAGCUCGUUGCCGCUUGUAAAUCCGUGCUCGACAAGCUCGAAACCCUCGCAGAUUCGUCGGAUCCGAAUUCGAACUCGCCGGUGUUCGGAUUAUCGGUUUCCGAUGCGGAAUUCGUUUUGCAGCCUCUUCUGCUGGCUCUUGAUUCGGCCUCCGCGAAGGUCAUGGAGCCGGCGCUGGAGUGCUUGUUCAAGUUGUGUUCGCUGGGGCUGAUCCGCGGCGUGAUUGAUAGGAAGGGGAUGAUAGAUGCGGUGUGUAAAUCGGCCGGCAGCGGCGAGGACGCGGUCGACCUCGCCGUGCUUAAGGUUCUUCUCUCCGCGGUUCGAUCGCCGUGCGUGUACAUCAGGGGUGAGUGCUUAGUGCAUAUUGUGAAAACUUGUUAUAAUGUGUACCUCGGCAGCGUGAGUGGGACCAAUCAGAUCUGUGCAAAGGCGGUGCUUGCGCAGAUUAUGUUGAUUGUUUUCGCGAGAAUGGAGGAGGAUUCGAUGGAGGUUGGUAUUCGGACGGUGUCGGUGAAUGAGUUGUUGGAGUUUACGGAUAGGAACUUGAACGAAGGAAAUUCUAUACAAAUUGUUCAGAGUUUUAUUUAUGAGGUGAUGGAAGCGAGUGAAGGUAAUGCUUCGCCGGUGGUGGAAGUUCCGAAUGGGUCUAAAGGUGAUGGGAAAACUGAAGUGGACAAUGGAGAAAUGGAAAAUGGGGCUGAAUCUAGUGGCGAGAGUGUGAUUCGGGAGGAUGGGUUUCUUAUUUUCAAGAAUUUGUGCAAGUUGUCUAUGAAAUUCUCAUCACAGGAUCAAUCUGAUGAUCUGAUCCUUUUGAGGGGAAAGAUACUGUCUUUGGAGCUGCUUAAGGUUGUAAUGAACAAUGGGGGUCCAAUUUGGCGAUCAAAUGAAAGGUUUCUCAGUGCUAUAAAGCAGUUUCUCUGCUUAUCGUUGUUGAAGAACAGUGCAUUGUCAGUUAUGAUUAUUUUCCAGCUUCUAUGUUCUAUUUUCAUGAGCUUGUUAUCAAAAUUCAGAUCAGGACUGAAAGAAGAAAUCGGAAUUUUCUUUCCCAUGCUCAUCCUCCGGGUGCUCGAGAAUGUGCUUCAGCCUAGUUUUCUACAGAAAAUGACAGUCCUCAACAUACUGGAAAAGAUGUCUCAUGAUUCACAUAUUAUCAUCGAUAUUUUUGUUAACUAUGACUGUGAUGUGAAUGCUCCAAACAUAUUUGAAAGGACUGUCAAUGGCCUUCUGAAAACGGCACUAGGUCCACCUCCUGGUUCUACUACAACCUUGUCUCCCAUCCAAGAUUUGACAUUUCGGCUUGAAUCAGUGAAGUGCUUGGUUAGCAUUAUUAAGUCAAUGGGAGCUUGGAUGGAUCAACAGCUAAUAAUAGGAGAUUUCUCUCCACCGAAGAGCUCUGAGAGUGAGAUUUCAACAGAGAAUCAUGCAAUCAUCAAUGGAGAAGAAGGAACUAUCCCUGACUAUGAGCUGCAUCCAGAAACAAAUUCAGGAUUAUCAGAUGCUGCUGCCUUUGAGCAACGUCGAGCUUAUAAACUAGAAUUCCAGAAAGGCAUCUCACUGUUCAAUAGGAAACCUUCCAAGGGCAUAGAAUUUCUAAUAAGCUCCAAGAAAAUCGGUGGUUCUCCAGAAGAGGUGGCUGCUUUUCUUAAAAAUACUGCUGGCCUAAACGAAACUGUGAUCGGUGACUAUUUGGGUGAAAGAGAGGAUUUUUCUUUAAAAGUUAUGCAUGCUUAUGUAGAUUCAUUUAAUUUUGAAGCAUUAGAUUUUGGUGAAGCAAUUAGGUUUUUCCUACGGGGCUUCAGGUUACCUGGAGAGGCACAGAAGAUUGAUCGCAUCAUGGAAAAGUUUGCUGAGCGGUAUUGUAAAUGCAAUCCAAAUUCAUUUACCAGUGCUGAUACUGCUUAUGUUCUUGCUUACUCUGUGAUAUUGCUGAACACGGAUGCCCACAAUAACAUGGUGAAAGAUAAGAUGACCAAGGCUGAUUUCAUCCGGAAUAACCGAGGGAUUGAUGAUGGCAAGGACCUACCUGAAGAGUAUCUGGGUGCUAUUUAUGAUCACAUUGUAAAAAAUGAAAUAAAAAUGAAUGCCGAUUCUUCUGCGCCACAGAGCAAGCAGGCAAACGGCUUCAAUAAACUACUGGGCUUGGAUGGUAUAUUCAAUCUAGUCAAUUGGAAGCAGACAGAAGAAAAACCAUUGGGUGCGAAUGGUCUUCUCAUAAAGCACAUCCAGGAGCAGUUUAAGGCAAAGUCAGGAAAAUCAGAGUCUGUUUAUUAUGCGGUUACAGAUGUAGCUAUAUUGAGGUUUAUGGUGGAGGUCUGCUGGGGUCCUAUGCUCGCUGCCUUCAGUGUAACUCUGGAUCAAAGUGAUGACAAGGUUGCUACUUCUCAAUGCUUACAGGGCAUCCGACAUGCUGUGCAUGUUACUGCAGUUAUGGGCAUGCAGACUCAGAGAGAUGCUUUUGUUACAACUGUGGCCAAGUUUACUUUCCUCCACUGUGUUGCAGACAUGAAACAAAAAAAUGUUGAUGCUGUGAAGGCAAUAAUAGCAAUUGCCAUUGAAGAUGGUAAUUUUCUUCAGGAAGCCUGGGAGCACAUAUUAACAUGCCUCUCCCGUUUUGAGCAUCUGCAAUUGUUGGGAGAGGGCGCACCCCCUGAUGCAUCCUUUUUCACUACUUCCAACAUUGAAACAGAUGAAAAAACACACAAGUCUGCUGGUUUUCCAUCUCUAAAGAGAAGGGGAACUCUUCAGAAUCCAGCUGUGGUGGCUGUUGUUAGAGGGGGAUCAUAUGAUAGCACUACACUGGGAGUCAAUACGUCAAACUUGGUAACUCCAGAGCAGAUGAAUAACUUCAUUUUAAACUUGCAUCUGCUGGAUCAGAUUGGAAGCUUUGAGUUGAACCACAUAUUUGCCCAUAGCCAAAGGUUGAAUAGUGAGGCAAUAGUAGCUUUUGUGAAGGCUCUUUGCAAAGUUUCCAUGUCAGAGUUGCAGUCUCCUACGGAUCCUCGUGUAUUCAGCCUCACAAAAAUUGUUGAGAUUGCGCAUUACAAUAUGAACCGCAUCAGACUUGUAUGGUCUCGCAUAUGGAAUGUUCUAUCUGAUUUCUUUGUAUCAGUUGGCUUGUCAGAAAACCUCUCAGUUGCAAUAUUUGUGAUGGAUUCUUUGCGGCAACUUGCUAUGAAAUUUUUAGAGCGUGAAGAGCUGGCAAAUUACAACUUUCAAAAUGAAUUUCUGAGACCUUUUGUGAUUGUCAUGCAGAAAAGCAACUCUACAGAAAUUAAGGAAUUAAUAGUUCGGUGCAUUUCACAGAUGGUCCUUAGCCGUGUGAAUAAUGUGAAAUCUGGCUGGAAAAGUGUUUUUAUGGUUUUUACGGCUGCAGCUGCUGAUGAAAGGAAGAAUAUAGUCUUGCUAGCCUUUGAGACCAUGGAAAAAAUAGUGCGAGAAUAUUUCCCUUACAUAACUGAGACAGAGACGACAACUUUUACGGAUUGUGUUAGAUGCCUCAUCACCUUCACAAAUAGCAGAUUUAACAGUGAUGUAAGCCUCAAUGCUAUUGCAUUUCUCCGGUUCUGUGCUGUCAAACUUGCAGAAGGGGGACUUGUUUGCAAUGAGAGGAGUGAGGAAGGAGAUUCGUCCACUCCACCAGUAGAUAAGGAUGCAUCAGAUGGACAAUUGUUCACAGAUAGAGAUGAUCAUGCAUCCUAUUGGAUUCCAUUGCUCACAGGAUUGUCAAAGCUAACAUCUGAUCCCAGAUCAGCUAUCAGAAAAAGUUCUUUGGAAGUGCUUUUUAACAUCCUAAAGGAUCAUGGUCAUCUUUUUUCACGUACAUUCUGGGCUGGUGUUUUCAGUUUGGUUGUUUUUCCCAUAUUUAAUUUUGUUAGUGACAAGGGAGGAACAGAUGCAAACAAUGACCAAGUUUUGCAAGCUUCAAGGCCUCCGCACCCUGAUGUAGGCACAUGGGAUUCAGAAACUUCUGCAGUAGCAGCUCAGUGUCUAGUGGACCUAUUCGUCAGUUUCUUCAAUGUAGUGAGGUCUCAACUGCUUGCUGUGGUAUCAAUACUGACUGGUUUCAUAAAAAGUCCUGUUCAGGCUCCUGCUAGCACUGGGGUCACUGCAUUGGUGCGGUUGGCAGAUGAUUUGAGCAGCAGACUGUCUGAAGAUGAAUGGAAAGCUAUAUUUAUUGCUCUGAAAGAAGUGACUGCUUCCACUUUGCCAAGAUUUUCAAAGGUUAUCACAAUCAUGGACGACAUGGAGGUGCCUGAGGUUUCUCAAGCUUCUCCAGAUCUUGAAAUGCUUUCUGAUAAUGGAUUGACCAAUGAUGAUAUUGGGGAUGACACUCUGCAAACAGCAGCUUAUGUGGUUUCAAGAAUGAAGAGUCAUAUAGCUAUGCAACUACUCAUUAUACAGGUUGCAACUGAUAUAUACAAAAUUUGCAGACAGGCCUUUUUGGCAUCCAUCAUAACAAUACUUACUGAAACAUUUUCCAUGAUUGCAUCUCAUGCUCACCAACUGAACUCUGAAAAAAUGCUACUGAUGAAGCUGCAGAAAGCAUGCUCUAUCUUGGAGAUCUCUGAACCGCCUGUGGUUCACUUUGAAAAUGAGUCCUAUCAAAAUUACCUCAACUUCCUGCAGCAUUUGGUCAUGGACAAUCCAUCCGUGGCCGAGGAGCUAAACAUAGAACAACAACUAGUGGGAGUAUGUGAAAAAAUACUGCAGAUAUACCUGAACUGUGCCGGGUUACAAAAUGCCCCACAAAAACAAUCGAGCCAGCCAGUGCUGCACUGGAUUCUUCCAUUGGGUUCAGCACAAAAAGAUGAAUUGGCUGCUAGGACUUCUCUUGCAGUGUCAGCAUUGCAGGUACUGGGUGGUUUGGGAACGGAUUCGUUUAGGAAGUACAUUUCACAAUUCUUCCCUCUGUUAGUAGACCUUGUGCGAAGCGAGCAUAGCUCAGGAGACAUUCAACGUGUCCUAAGCUACAUGUUCCAAUCAUGUAUAGGUCCGAUCAUAAUGAAAUUGUGAUUUAUAACGAAUGAAGUUUGCACACAUGUAAGUCAAGUCAUUUUUAUCCUUUUUGUAGCUGCCUGGAACACAGCCAUGAUCCAUCUAUUUUAUUUUUUUUUGUAGUAUAUGAAGAGGCUGGCUGGAACAAUAUUUUUGUACGAAAAAGAAAAUGAUCAUGCAAGCAAUUCUGCUGAUAGUAUAAAUCGAAAUAGUUUUUCA